GUCAAACGGCUGUUAUAUUCAUGGACGCCGCUCACGAGCAGGCUUCGACAAUCCGGCCCAAUUUAUUUCUUCGGCGCGUCACUUUGCUUCCUCCUCGCAUCAGGGAGUCGACCAGCAAGGAGUACGAGAGCACAGCCAACAGCUUUUACUUCACCUGCCUGAGUUCCGGACCGAGCAACGUCAGCCACAAAGUGCGGCAGUUCCUGGCCUGGAAGAAGUCCCUGCGACUGCCGUGGCCCGGCAGGGCCACCUGGGACAAACCGCCGCACCCGCUUGACGUGCUGCUCGAUCUGGCCAUCCGCUGGAACAUCAACGUGCUCUUCAAGGUACACGUGUACGCAGCCACCAGCCCCAGCGCGAUCAUUGUACUGGCACUGUCUCUCGGAGAUAUGGACGCCACCUGGCAGCAUUUGCGCGAGGAGCUGAUGCGGCAGAACGUGUACGAAGACUACUUGGACGACCAGCUCGACCUGCUCGGCGCACAGCAUUUCCGAGGAGACGACCGCAGCUUUCGCGAGCUUUUCAACACCGAGGGACGACUGCUGCAAGUGCUCCUGGCGGGCGUCUCCGGCAUCCAGAUGCGCUUUAGGCUGUCUCAUUUAGAGAAGGUGACCCCGUCACUGCGGCCCUCUGACCUAUGGCUCCAGCUGCUGCAGAAGCACCUGGCGGGCCACGUUCUGUUAACCCGCGAUGACUUCAUGGUGGCGCACAGCCUUCAGAUGCUCACGGAACUUGACACCUUGCUGAAGGACUACGCAAACAGGGCGGAAAAGCUGCUGGACGCCAUAUCGUGGAUCCUGGUGCAGAAGUACCUGUGGGCCAUGGCUGCAAAGCCGCUCACAGUCUUCGGCAAUCGCAGCGCCGACAUCGGCGCCAUCGUUUCCGCACCCGAGGCCUGCCAACAGCUGGUCGACUCGCGCCUCGGACUCCUGCUCGCGGCUCCGCAUGUGGUAGCGCGAUACACGAGCGAGGUGAGGGAGGGCACUCACGCUAUUAAGGUUUGCGCCAUGACUAAAAACUGUACCUUCGAGGCCCGAGCUUAUAAAAUGUCUUGUAGGCGUUAUUAGCGACACAGCCGCCGAGGGUUACGUGAAACUUGCGCUCUAGGGCACAUAAAUGGGUGACCAGCAAAAAAAGUGACUCACCAUCCCGCCCCUUCGAAAAUGCAUGCCACCGAAGCAGUUGCAAAACCACCUCUACAACUGCUAAGGGGCUAUUCAAUGCUUAAUUUAUGGUUCGGAUGCUUGUUUCAAAACGCAUGCUAUUCUCUGUGCUGUAUGGGCGAUUUCAAUGAAUGUAUGCACACUUCACUUU